AUGGACGCCGCCUCCGCCGUGCUCCCCAUCCGGCACUCUGGCGUCCCAGCGCUCAACGGCCUCGGUCUCGGUGGACCAGGCCUCGUCAACGUCCCCUACGAAGGCGGCUAUGAUGCAGUGUACGACGCCCCUCCCCCGCCCAUAACGAUCAACGGCCCCGGCUCACCACGGAGUUCCAGCUCUGGACCCAGCUCGCCCAGCAGCAGCAGGCGGCAGCAGCAGCGGUACAGUAUGCCGCCAGCGCUGCACGUCACGCCCGACUAUGUCGCGCCCAGCUCACGCGAGCCGUCGCCGCUCGCCGCGCUGCCGCCGACGUUUGCGGACAGUCCACAGGUGGAUGGGCCCAUCCCCGGCGCCGAGGCUGCGGUGCCCGGCGGUGCCAGUAGCAGCAGCAGCGGCGUCAGCAUCGGGUCGGCGAGCCCGCGCCCGACAGGCCCACAACAGCCUGCGACCGCCGCCAAGCCAUGGAUCCACGACUCGUCGCGACUCUACUUUCUCCCUCCGUACCUCACCUCCCCCACGCCGACGUCUCUGCAGCUCGUCACCGACUCGCUCGAGGUCGCCAAGGACUACCGCGAGUUUAUAGACACGAUCGGCCGCCUCGAGGCCGAGUAUGGACGCGGGCUGGCGGCUGCGGCGCGCAGGCUCGAGCAGCGGCUCGACGUGGUCCUCCAGCCUCCCCCCGGCGGGCGAAAGCCGCCCGAGCCCAGCGUCGUCAAGGGCAUGCGCCAGCACCUGGGCCACGUCUCGACUGUCGCUCGCUUACACGCCAAGCGCCCUGAAGCGCUCCAAGACCAGCUCGUCAAGCCGCUCGGCACGCUGGAGCGGCGCGGCGGCGAGGUCGCGCGCCGGAUGGGUCUGUGGGCCAAAGACGUGCGCGGGCGGUGGGACACGGGCCGCGAGCGCGUCGACCAGGCCCGCGGCAAGUACCAUACGGCGGUGAGGGAGCAUGACGGCGCGCUGGCGCGGUUCCGGGCAUGCCCAGCUCCGGUGCAGGGAGGCAAGGCCGACUCGGAGUGGGUGCGUCUCGAAAAGGCCGCGACAGAGGCCGAGGUCGUUCGCGCCGACCGCAAGCACGCGUACCUCGUCGCCCUGGCCGGCGAGGGCAACACCGGCGGUGGCGGGCGCGACCUGAGCGAAGGUGGUGGCGACAAGGGCUGGGGCGAGGAGGCGCGCGCGCUCUAUGGCCAUGUGCAGAGCACCAUGCUCGAGCUUGUCAAGCACCAGGCCAACGAGGACAAGAGCCACGCCGACCUCGUGCUGAAUGUGUACAAGCGCGCACAGCGGAGCUACGACAAUGUCGACCUUGGCGCAGACGAGAACGCAUUCCUGGACUGGAACACGACCCACCCGGGUUCCGGGUCCUUGGCACCCUCUACGGCCGGCGGCGACGAGCCUGUGUCCCCCAUGAGCCCACUCGCGCCGACGGCGACCAUCGAGGAUUCGGCGUCCGCCACGUCCCAGCAGUCUGGCGGCGGCGGAGGCCUGCUCGCGUCCAUCCGCCACACGACGCAUGCGUCCUCUGCCGCCGGCACCAGCCACCCAAGUCUCACAUGCUUUACAUUUGUGCCCCCGCCAUCAGCAAGGGACGAGGCGCCGAUACUCAGCACCGACAAGCGCGACGACCGCAACUGGCUCACGAACCGCUGGCUCCAAAGCGCCCAGGCUCUGGCCGAUGCCGAGGGCGCCGAUGGAAGCGGCGGCAUGCUGGAGAUAAAACAGUUUGAAGCCAUCUGCAAGCUCUGCGACACGUACUCUGCCAACCGCGGCCUGGGCAACCCGGAAGAAGUCUGGGAACGUCGCAUUGCCCUCCUCCGCGAAAUGGGCGAGGACGAGCGUCGCGUCGCCGUGGCCAAAGCGGAGAUGGCGUGCAUCGAGAAUGUUCUUGGUCAAUGCACCGGCCUCAAGACGACGGCCAAGCGCCGCGGCCACCAAACUGGCAAGAUCCGCCGGUCCAUCACCAACGGCAACUUUUUGCGGCGCAAGUCUUUCCUCGACGCGCCGCACGGCGCCGCGCAAGAGUUCAAGCCUGCGGCCAUCGGGCGCCUCGAGCCACUCCGUGACGACGAGCUGCAGGUCUCACCGUUCGUGUCGGGCUCGGACCUCGACCGCCCCGCCAUCGUCGCGGCGCUGGACGAAGAGGCAGCCGACGGUCCGGCCGAGUUCCUCUUCGCGCGCGCCCAGCACCCGUACACGGCCGACGGUCCCACCGAGCUCUCCCUUGGCCGCGGCGACGUGCUCCGUAUCAUCGAGCCGGACCUGGACGGCAGCGGGUGGAUCAAGGUCCGCCGCGGGCUGACGGACGGCGACACGGGCCUGGUCCCCGAGUCGUUCCUCGGCGUCGUCGGCGCAUCGACCCCGCCCCUCGAUGGCGGCGCCGGAAAGUUUGCCGUUGCGCUCUUUGACUUUCCCCCGCCGUCACAUACCCUCGGCCGCGGCGAGAUCCAGAUCCGCCAGCACGCGCUGUACGAGCUCAGCGACGAGGGCAUGGCGUUUGACGAGCUGUGGUGCGAGCUCGUCGUGCCGGACGGGUCGGGCGAGCGGAGGGUGCGCGGUGUCGUGCCCAAGACAUAUGUCAAGCCCGUGGAGAUGUGA